AUGCCCGGCGGCGACCCCCCUCCAUCCUCCUUCUCCGCCCACACCCACCACCGGAACUCCGUCUGGGGCCCCUCCUCCGCCUCCGCAGCCGCCCAUAUACCCUCCGCGACUUCCAAGCCUUCCCCUAGCUUCGCCAACGCGACUGCCCCGAACAACAAAGAUCCCAACGAUAAACCCCCACCCGCGAAACCCAGGCCCCGGCCAGAGAACCCAUCCCCGAGGCCUGAAAACCUGAACGCUGUACCCGGGCCGAGGCUCGUUUUCCCUAUAAACGAUCCGCUCCCGCCCCCAUCGUACGGGUUCCACAUGCUCGACCGCCGGAGCAUAGUCCUAGCAGAUGGAUCCGUGCGAUCUUACCUCGCUUUGCCCCCGGAUUAUGAGAACGUUGCACUAGCACAUCGCCCCGGUUUACGGCCCGAAUUAAUGGGCCGUCGUGAAUUCGGGCUGGAACGGCCCCCUUUACCGAUGAGCCCAGGGUUUCCCGGUCCAGAUGCAAGGUCCCGGAAUCUGGAGUAUUGGAAUUCGGGCCUCGAGAAUCCAUUAAAGCGGAAGUUUGGGGAGGGUGAGAGGGAAGGGAGGGAUGAUGGGUAUGAGAGGCAGAGGCAACAGCUGUUGCAGUAUGGAACUGCAAACGGGCCGGGCCUGAGUGCUGGGUAUAAUUUAGGGAGAGGUGACGAAAUUAGGGCCUCUAAGAACAUGCGGGUUCUUGAAGCAUGUUCGAGUAAGAUUAAGCACGGUGAGGUGGAUCAGAAUUCGUUAAAGAAUGCUUUUCUGCAUUUUGUGAAGUUGGUGUUUGAAAUUGGGAAUCAGAGAAAGAAUUAUUUGGCAGAUGGGAAACAAGGACCUGUGCCAUGUCUAGUUUGUGGAAGGUCUUCAAGGGACUUUCCAGACACACACAGUCUUGUCAUGCAUGCAUACAGCUCGGAAAAUGCGGAUGUGCUCGUGGAUCACCUGGCCUUUCACAAGGCCUUAUGCAUUCUGAUGGGCUGGAACUAUACAGUGCCUCCAGAUAAUUCAAGAGCCUAUCAGAACCUUUCUCCCGAACGAGCAGAAGUUAACCAGGAUGACCUUAUUAUGUGGCCUCCAUCUGUUUUGAUUCACAAUACUAUCUGGGGAAAAGGUAGAGAUGGCCGUAUGGAAGGUAUAGGGAACAAGGGAAUGGAUAGUUUUCUUAGAGAUAUUGGAUUCUCUAGUGGCAAGUCGAUCUCCUUGUACUCGAAAGAAGGCCAUAUGGGCAUGCACAUCGUGAAGUUCUCGUCAGACGAGCCCGGCCUGAAGGAAGCCCAAAAGCUGUCCGAUUAUUUCGAGAGGGAAAAGCGCGGGCGAAAGGUAUGGGCCCGCGUGCAGCCUUCAGGACUUGGAAAUGCCAAGGAUGAUGAGAACAAUCCGAACCUCAUGAAAAUGGAUCCAAAGACGGGUGAGAAAAAGAGGGUUUAUUAUGGACAUCUGGCGACUGUGGCUGAUCUGGACAAGGUUACGUACGAUAUCAAGAAGAAGGCCUCCAUCAUCAGUGUUAGCGAAUUUAAAAAAUCAAAAUGA